ACGGAGCCUGCACCUCGUUGAGCAAUGAAAUCAUGGAGAAGACUCGUGAACUGAGGCAGAUGAUGGGAGAAGAGCUCCAAGGAUUGAAUAUGGAAGAACUAAAGAAACUAGAGGAACUUCUUGAGGAAGGCUUGAGUCGCGUUUUAAAAGCAAAGGAUAAAAGAUUCCUAGAAGAGAUGAGUGCCCUUGAGCGGAAGGUAUCCCAACUGAUGGAGGAUAACCAUCAACUAAAACAGCAGAUGGAGAAACAGUUUAACAUUAAAACACAUGCAAUUGAACAAGGUCAGUCAACUGAGUCAAUCACCAAUAUUUGCAGCUCAGCUGAUCCUCCUCAAGACCAAGACAACAACGACACUUCUCUCAAGUUGGGGUUACCUUUCCCUACUGAUUUUGAAAGAUAAAAGAAGGUCAAGAGUACAUGGGACACAUUUUCUUUAUGGGUAAUACUAUUUAGUAGAUUGGGUCAUCUUGUAUAACUGCCAUAUAGUUAGAUGACGUGACAAAA